AUGAUUUUUGUUCUGCUACUCACUACUUUUCUUGCUUUUUUGAUAGUAAAACAAUAUCUGAACGCUAGAAAACUUCCACCUGGUCCCAUUUCUCUUCCUCUAAUUGGAAAUAUUCAUCAACUGAUUUAUUAUAUUUGGAGAGAGAAAGGAGUAGUCCCCGCUUUCGAUCUUUUCAGAAAAAUAUAUGGAGAUGUAUUUACUCUAUGGUUGGGUCCUAUUCCACAUGUUAGUAUCUGUGACUAUGAGACUUCUCAAGAAGUUUUUGUGAAAAAUGGAAACAAGUUCAAGGAUCGCUUUUUGCCACCUAUUUUUGAGCACGUAAGUGGAAAUCUUGGACUUGUGUCAGCCAACGGAGAAACGUGGGCUGAAAUGAGAAGAUUUGCAUUACUGGCAUUCAGAACUAUGGGUGUUGGAAGAGAUUUAAUGGAGGAGAGAAUUUUGAAUGAGUUGAAUUCAAGAUGUGCAGAAAUCGACGCAGAUGCUGUAAACGGAAAAACUAUAGUCCAUACUUCUGACUUCUUUGAUAUCACUGUUGGCAAUGUUAUCAACAGUGUACUUGUGGGGAAGCGUUUCGAUGAUCAUAACAAAGAAGAGUUUCUGAAACUGAAAGGACGACUGGAUUCGACUGCAGAAUUAUUUACAAUCUUCGAUUUGACCGUACCAGUAUGGAUUCUGCAAAAAGUUUGUCCUGUGAGAUAUGCCAGAAUGAUUGAAGUACAAGAAGAGAUCAUCAAUUAUGUCUCACGAGAAGCUCAAGAACGAUAUGAGCAGUUCCAGAAAGGAGAAUAUACAUUGAAUCAUGAGGACCCGCAAGAUUUCGUAGAAGCAUAUCUAGUAAAAAUGGAAGAAGAGAAAGAAAAAGGAGGCAGCAGUAUGUAUACUCUGGAAUGCUUGAAACAUGUUAUUGGAGAUCUCUGGUUAGCUGGACAAGAUACUACUGCGACUACAUUGGUUUCGGGAUUCAACCAACUUGUUAAUCAUCCGGAAGUCAUGAAAAAAUGCAGAGAGGAACUGAUGAAACUAACUGAAAAUGGCUCCCGCCCGUUGAGUUUGAAGGAUAGAGCAGAGUCCCAUUAUUUGAAUGCAGUUCUAGCUGAGAUCCAACGACAUGCAUCAAUUUUGAAUGUCAACUUUUGGAGGAUAAAUCACGAACCGACCACAGUAAAAGGCUAUACGGUAGACUCAGGAUCAGUAAUCACCGCUCAAUUGGGAGCUCUUCAUGUCAACAAUGACAUUUUCAAAAACCCAGAAAACUUCUACCCAGAGAGAUUCAUUGAGAAUGAGAAACUUUUGAAUCAAGUGAUCCCAUUCGGAAUCGGCAAGCGAUCUUGUGUUGGAGAGAAUAUCGCAAAAUCGGAGUUGUAUUUGAUGAUUGGGAACUUGCUUCUUCGCUAUAAUAUCAAAGCUCAUGGAUCACUUCCUUCUACUGAAGAUCAACUGCCAUACAGUGCUGGUAAACUGCCAGACAAGACAGUGAAGCUGGAAUUUGUAAAGUUAUAA